GGGAGGAAGGAGAGCCGGAGCAGGAGCACGGGGAUGGACCGAGCGCGCUCGCUGCGCGGCCUAGGGGGGCGUGGAUGCACAGCCUCGGCCUGGCUGUGCGCGGGCCCGGGCGCGUGGGGCCCUGACGGCGGCGCGGGCGGCCGGAGGCCGGGCUGAGGGAGGCGGGGCCCUGCCUCACGGCUCGUCCGCAGGCUCCCCGGCCUUGCUGAGUCAGGCUCCACGCCGCUCCCCGCCGGCUCCCGCAGCCCGGGCCCGCGCCGCGGCCGCGGGGCGGGGGUCGCGCCUGCGCGGCUUCCGGGCCUGGGCCGGGGAUAACCUGUUGGUCCCCCGUUAAAGUUGCAGGUGCCCAUGGCGUCCGACCGGCUACGCAAGGUCAAGUGCCAAUGGGGCAGCGGCUCGGAUGGCUACCCCAACAAGCGCAGCCGCGGGGAGCCCGAGGCCGCGGCCGCCCCCUGCUCCUCCUCCUCCGCCGCCUCCCGGGCUUCCCCAGCCUCUUCCGAUGCCCAGCCUUCCCCUCCUCCCGGCUCCAGCCGACCUACCCCUGGGGGAGGGCCCCGCAGGCCCCCGCGCCCGGAGGCCCGCGGCGAGCAAGAGGGGACCCCCAGAUAUUCACCGGGCUGGAAGGGCUCCGGUCCUGCUCGCCAACUCGGCUGUUCUGAUUCCCCAGGUGCGGGCGGCACUAGCAGCCGCACCCCGCUCCUCCAGAGGACGGAAGGCCUUCUCUCCCCCCUAGAAAGCUCCUCCCCACCCGGCAGCCCCUCCGUCCGAGAAAUGUGCACUUUAAGGGACGCAGCUCCCCACCCCAAGGUUGAUCCCAAGGAUGAAUCCCCCAACUCUGAGUUUGCAGCUAAGGCUGAGAGUCCAAGUAAGUCUAUGGAGGAAGCAGGGAUGACCCAGAAAAUGAAGAGGAAAGUCAAGGACCAGGGGUCCACAGUGAUCUACCUGAAGGCCCUCCAGGGCAUUCUGGGGAAAUCCAUACCAAGAAAGAAAAAGAAAGAGACUGUGAAGCCAGAGGAAAACCAAGACUCCAGCCCUGCAAGCAGAGAAGAACCUGGCAAGAAGAGCGUCUUGGUUUCCUUUCCUGUUACGGAAAAGCAGCAGCACCUGCCAGAAAACAGCCAAGAGGAAGAGGAAGCUGACAGAGGAAAUUUCACCUGCAUCAGGACGGUCAGGGGCUCUGGAGGCGAUGCCCGUGAAAAACCACCUGGUAACCCAAGGACAGUCACUGAGAAAAGCAUCGAGCCCCACUCAGAAGGACAGAGGCCUAAAGAGAGGGAGGUGGUGAUAGAAAAUCCUUCUUCAGAAAGUGACUGGUCAGAUAUGGAAGACAUUCCCACUGCCAGGUUCUCCCAGGAGGAUUCUGUUUCUUUGAACAUUUCUGUAGUUUCAGAGCCUUCGUCCUCCACCACUGAUUAUGUCAUGUACCCUGCUCACCUCUAUGGCAGUCCUUGGCGUGACUAUGCCAGUUACUGGGCCAGCAAUCCCAAGCCUUUCUCUUAUCCUACCACCAACAGCACUGGUGAUGCUUCCAACAUAGUGGGAAGUAAGAAGAGCCAACCCAGUGAUCCCUCUGCUGAGAUUGCUAACAGCAACCCCAGGAAUAACUUGAAGAACUUCGGAGUGAUGGAAGGCAAGCCCCACAAGUCCUCUUCACUUUAUUUCUCUCAGAUGUGGGGAGAAGAAAGGGUGGGGGAGAAAAGAACAUUCCGUGAAGAGGCGCCUCGUUUUUCUCAAGAGUACAUGUCGAGUUCCUCAUACCAGGAAAGCAGGGGGAGCCAAGGAUCAGUGGGCUUCAUUGACACCCACUGUCACUUGGACAUGCUUUAUACCAAGCUGUCUUUCCAAGGCACUUUUUCUAAGUUUAGAAAGAUUUAUAGCAGCUCCUUCCCAAAAGAAUUCCAGGGUUGCAUCGCUGACUUCUGUGACCCUCGGACCCUGACAGAUUACCUGUGGGACGAUCUGUUGAGAGAGGACCUUGUCUGGGGGGCAUUUGGUUGUCACCCUCAUUUUUCCCGAUACUACAAUGAGCGUCAAGAAAGAAACCUCCUUCAGGCUUUGAGGCAUCCCAAGGCUGUUGCAUUUGGAGAAAUGGGACUGGAUUAUUCUUACAAAUGUACUUCUCCAGUCUCAGAUCAGCGCAAGGUAUUUGAAAGACAAUUGCAGUUGGCUGUGGCUUUGAAGAAACCCUUGGUGAUACAUUGCCGAGAAGCAGAUGAAGAUUUACUUGCAAUCAUGAAGAAGUUUGUGCCCACCGACUACAAAAUCCAUAGGCACUGCUUCACUGGUAGCUAUCCUGUCAUUGAGCCCCUGUUGAAGCACUUUCCCAACCUCUCCGUGGGAUUCACAGCACUUGUGACCUAUUCUUCUGCCUGGGAAGCCAGGGAAGCUUUGAAACGGAUACCCCUGGAGAGGAUCAUUGUGGAAACUGACGCUCCGUACUUCCUCCCUCGUCAGGUCCCCAAGAGCCUUUGCCAGUAUGCCCACCCAGGUCUGGCCCUCCACACAGUUCGAGAGAUUGCUAAGGUCAAAGGUGAGCCACUCUUCCAGACCUUGGCCACCUUGCGACAGAAUACGAGCCGCCUUUACAGUCUUUAAGGGAAGGCACAGGACAUUAGGGUUUUCAUAAAUCUACACCAAAAUUCAUUUUCUAAAAUUUUGACUGCAUUUUUUUCCAGUACAGAGAAUGUAAACAUAGGAUUACCCUUUAGGCCUGAUCUGCCUUGAGGUGAACUUUGGUGGCUUCCGACCUUUUUCCUCUUUCCCUCGCAUCUUUCAGGAAGACCCAAACACAGGGCAUAUACAUGACUCACUUCCUGAUCCCAGCAUAGUGUGUGCUUGGACUGUGAAAGGGCUAUCUGGAGAGCCUGUUGUGGGAUUGGAAAGGAGGGAGGGAAGUUUUCUUAGAAGUCUCUUCACAGGCCCUUAGCUCCUCCUGGGUGGAUGAGAAACUGGCAUUCAGAGGCAAACAGGAAGCUAGCUUGCUAGCCAGAAUGUGCUUGAAGGAGGCUGAAGUCAGUGCAGAGAAGAUUGCUGGACUGAAUCUCCAGACACUGUAGCCUGUGGUUAAGCGCCAUAAAGUUUUUCAAUAAAGUCAUCUUCUUAAGUA